AACAAAGUUUUUUCUUUUUUGCAAAAAUUUUAAUUAAGAAAACAAUCAAGUUCAACAAAAACAUUAACAAAUGUUGUAACUUACAAAAAUGGAUGAAGUGAAAAAUGUUGCGGACGAAAAUGUAGUCAAUUUAGACACACAAAUUGUUACUUUGCAAAAUACGGAGAAAAUUUGCACUGAUUUGUCUUGUGAAAAUGGUGAGGGAGACCAGGAAAUGUUAUACCAACAGAUGGAAACAAUAUCUAAUACAGAAAAGGCUGAUCAAAGUAUCACAAAUGAAAGUAAAACAGCAACGAAUACGUGCCAAGAAUUGCUCAAUACAAAAAUAGAUGUAAUUAAAACAGAAGAGUCAUAUAAUGUCACAAUGAGCGUACAACCUUCAUGUAAAGAAGUUGAAUCAGAGGACAGGAAAGAUGAACCAAGUUCAACUAUUGCUAAUUUAGUUGUAGCACCAAUAGUUGAAUCGAUUCAAGAAACAACUAUACAGUUACCAGUUGCAGUUAUAAUAACAAAACCAGAAGAUACAAUCACAGCGGUGUCAACAGAGAAAGUUGUGUACACUGCUGGAACGGUGUCACUGCCACUGCAAGUAGAUGACACAGGGCAAAAUGAACUACAAAAUGAUAUACAAAUAUCACACAAUGCAUGUGAAGCUCAACAAGAACAACAGCGUUUGCUAUAUGAGGAGCAGUUGGAACAAUUGCGUGCUUUAAUAACACAGAAGGAUAAUAUGUUAGUGCUCUUCCAGCGCGAAAGGGAAAUACUCGAAAGAGAAAAGCAGUCGUUCCGCAAAGAAAUGGAAAAUGCGAACAGAGAAAAGGAGUCAACAGUCAUAAAAUUUGCCAUAAAAGAGAAAUUAUUGCUUGAUGCUAAGAAAGAAAAGGAUUUGAUAGAAAAGCAUUUAGCUGAAACCAGAAAAGAAGUGAAGAAUGUCUCAACACGUUUUCAAGCUUUAAACGAAGAAAAAACGCGUAUUAUACAUAUUAUGGAUGAAAAGUGCAACGAAGUCCGCAAAUAUCAACGUGAAUGUGAAAAGCUGAAAACUGAGUAUGGUCAUUUAGAGUCCAAGUUGAAAUAUCACGUUAAUAAGUUAAAUUUGGAAACUGAAGCUAAACAGGCAUUGGAAAAGAAAUUGGAAGAAGAACGCAAUGCACCAAAUAAACUAGAAGAGAAAGCCAAUGAAAAACUACGCAUGGAGUUUGAAGCAAAUACCAUUUUACUCAAACACGAGAUUACACGCAAAACCGAGAUUGUGGAAAAUUUGACAAAAGAACACAAGAAGUCGAGUGAAACUAUCAAACAUUUACAGGAACAAUUAUGUCUUGAAAUGGCAGCGAAAACCAAACUCAGUGAGGAAUUGGAAAAAUUACAGGAAGAGCAUAAUUCAGUACAAAAUUCUUAUAGUAAUGAGAUACUAAAUUCAGCUAAACUGCGUGGACAACUGGAUGAGUUGCAGUUACUCAAAACUCAGAACACCUUAAAUGAACAACAAAUUCGUGAACUGAAAGCCAUAAUUGAGGACUCUAAUGAGAAAUUGCAGGACAAUGCUCAGGAUUUAAAAGAACUGCACGCCAAAGAACAAGAGUUAUUAAGUAUUAACAAAGAGAUGAUGGAAUCGAUUGUAACAUUGCAAAAUGAGAUUUGUUUACUCAAAUCGAAGGUGCAAGGUAUUGAGGCUGAGAACGAGAUAUUGAAUAAAGAAAAAUUGGGCUAUGAUACGAAUAAACAAGAACUAGAAAAUAAACUUAAAGAUGAGAUCGAACAGAAGAACGAAGAGCGACAAAUUUUGGCUAAACACUUAUCAGAGAAGACGAAAUUAUAUGAAAUUACCAAAAUGAAAUUAGAAAAUAUUAUGGGAGAUUUUGAAGCUACUAACAAUAAACAUUCCACUGUAGUCAAGGAGCUUCAACGUGAAAUACAAAAGUAUCAAAAAUCAAUACAUCACGCAAGCAGCUCACCGAAAAUGCUACAGAGUAACAUACCAAGUACAACCAAUGGCUAUAACUCGGAACAGUCUGAUGAUUUGCCAGCGACACAAAGCACACACAGUCGUAAUAGUAGUAACAGUGGCAAUGGCAGUCGUCGGCCAAGUGAAUCUUCAGAAUCAGAGACAGUAGCAAGCAGUGCUACAGCAGUACAAAAUGAUUUACAAGGACCAACAAAAAAACAUCUUGUUGAACGCAUAUUACGGCUACAACAAGCUUCAGCGAGGCAAACAGAGAAAAUAGAUUUUCUUGAGAAUCACACACUCUCCUUAGUGUCGGAGUUACAGAAAAAAUCAAAAGUGGUACAAUAUUAUAUGCUGCGAGACCAAGCUGGUGCGCUGACGUCCAUAAAAAGUGACCAAAAUAAAUCUGAUCUAGCUAAGUAUGGCAACGGUGUUAUGUCGGCCAUUUAUGGCGGUAUUAAAGGUGAUAACAAAAGUAUGAGUCUAGAACUAUCACUGGAAAUAAAUAAGAAGUUGCAAGCUGUGCUCGAAGACACUUUAUUAAAAAAUAUAACACUUAAGGAAAAUUUAGAUGUAUUAGGACUUGAAGUAGAUAAUUUAACACGUAAAUUAAGACAAAUAGAAGCAAAAGAGUGACGUAUGCGAAAGCCAAAUAUGAGCUAUUUGGUUUUUUGAGUGUGUAAUUAUUAUAAAUUAAAGUAAUUUUAUUUUAU